CCGAAGCUAGACCAGUCGCAGCCAUUUUACUCCGCGAAAUAAACUUCAAUCUCACAGCUAGAGGAAACAACAAACUACACAACCUAAUUCCGCUGACAUUAUGGAUAUUUCACUGUGAACCGGAGCACGGACGGAUUCGGGUUUCACCUCUUCUCAUUUCGGUUUGACUCCAUGGCUUAGCGUGACUCUUGACAGCAAUUAACCCGGACGUCUCUUGCCCCCCCUCCCCCCACCCCCCUUGCUGUCCUCUGCUACUUCAGUAUCCGCACAGGUAGCAGCGAGACACAAACCCCAAGGGACGGUGACCCAUACCCCCCCUCCCUGUUGCUUGCCUUCCCCUCCUGAGGCAUGAUGGAGCUUCAGGCUUGUCACGGGCAGCUAGGAGCAGAGGGGGAUUGCGAGAUGUCGAGUCUGCUGAUGCCCAGUCCCCAGAGCGAGGCGGUGACCCAUGAGAUGGAGGAGCUGUCGCUGCAGCCACUGCCUCCACUCAAUGAACGCAAAAAUGUCCUGCAGUUAAGGCUUCAGCAAAGGCGAACCCGGGAGCAGCUGGUGGACCAGGGCAUCAUGCCACCUCUGAAGAGCCCGGCAGCUUUCCAUGGACAGAUUCGCAGCCUGGAGAGAGCCAGGACUGAGAAUUUCCUCAAGCACAAGAUCCGCAGUCGUCCAGAGAGAGCAGAGCUGGUCAGGAUGCACAUCCUGCAAGAGACUGGAGCAGAACCGUCACUACAGGCCACCCAGAUGAAACUGAAAAGGGCCCGGCUGGCUGACAACCUCAACGAGAAGAUUGCUCAGAGACCCGGCCCCAUGGAGCUGGUGGAGAAAAACAUCCUGCCGGUGGAUUCCAGCGUUAAACAGGCCAUCAUCGUGGGUCAGGUGAAUUACCCCAAAGUGCUGGAUGAAGACAGCAGCGAUGCCCUGUCCCCAGAGCAGCCGGCCAGCCAGGAAUCUCAGAGCUCUGUCCCCUCUCCUGGGGAGAGCAGAGUGCCAGAGACGCCCUCUCCAGUCCCCGCACCACUACCACCACCAAUACCCAACACCAUACUGCAGGCCUUCCCAGUUGCCACACAAGUGAUCUCGACCAUUGAGCAGCCCGUGGGCCGCCCAGCUGUCACUCCGGCACCGCCAGUCACCACAGCUGCUCCUUCAAAACCAGGCCCAACACUGGUCAAACAAAGCCAGCAGAAGUCUCCCUCAGAGAAGAGCCGCAGUAAGAAAGGCAAAGAGCCCAAGUCGAGGGUGAAGAAGCUCAAGUACCACCAGUAUGUUCCCCCAGACCAGAAGCAGGAGGCCAGCGAAGCACCCAUGGACUCUUCCUACGCCCGACUGCUGCAGCAACAGCAGCUGUUCCUGCAGCUGCAGAUCCUCAGCCAGCAACAGCAGCACUACAACUACCAGACUAUAUUACCAGCACCACUCAAGCCCGUGGCCGAGGGUCAGAGCAGCAGCGCCGGCAGCCUGCCAACCUCCAUCGUGGUGUCCUUGCCCACUGCACCUCCACCUCCCCCUGUGACUCCGGCUCCGGCUCGUCCAAACAACACGCUUUCGAACCGCAAGCCAGGAGUCUUGCCUGCCAACCUGGAGGAGAUGAAGGUUGCUGAGCUAAAACUGGAGCUAAAGUUGCGUGGCCUCCCUGUGUCGGGAACAAAGACUGAUCUGAUAGAAAGACUGAAGCCUUUCCAGGAAAACCACAGCACCUCUGCUCCUGCAAGCAUUCCCGCCCCAGCCACUACCAUCCUGUCCUCCGUACCCAUGGAGGUCACCACCACUACCACCCCUGCUAUAGUUCUUCCAGUCCAGCAGGUGGCUAAAGAGAGCACUAACCCCACACCCCCAGUCUCACCCAUCCCCAAUGAUCGCUGCGCCCCCCAGCAGGAUGUAGGCAUGUCUGAGGCUCCUUCUGAGACACAAACGGUGAGCUCUGGCUGGGCAGGUCCACAGUCCUCACCUCUCCCCUCUUUCCAAGUCCCAGAAGAAAAGGACAGGCGGCUCCAUGAGAAGGAGCAGCAGAUAGUGGAGUUGAUGAGGAAGCUGGAGCAGGAGCAGAAGCUGGUGGAGGAGCUGAAGAUGCAGCUGGAGGUGGAGAAGAGAGGCCAAGGGGGCUCCCCUGCCGAGUCUGCCAUGAACCCUGUUCCUACCGUCCUGAACUCAAAUGUAGUGAAAGUGGAGGGUGCAGUGCUGUCAAACUGUUCAUCCACUGGUGCUACAAUCCCCAACUCCAUCCUGGGCUCCCAGACUCUCUCCACCCUGCCAACUGUGGUCAAGCUGGAGGAUGUGACGGUUUCUUCUGGCAAGCCGCUCCAGCUCCAGACCCAAACCCAGCUCAUCACCCAGAUCCAGUCCCAAGCCCAGCCCCAAAUAACUAACAACCCACAGCUGCUCUCCCAGUCACAGAGAAGUCCCAAACUCCAGCCACAGUCCCAACCAGCAGCCCCCAGCCUGCAGCAGUUCUUCAUCAGCCACCGUGGUGGAGUGUCCCAGGUGCUGGGUCAGCCUCAGACCUUGUUAACCACGACCGGCCAGGCUGGAACUCAGAUCCUCCUCCCAGUCUCACUGCCCAAUAACGCUACUGCAAUCCAGCUGCCAAGCACCACUGUCAGCCUGCAGCCUGUCCUUCAGGCCACAAACCUGGUGCAGGCCUCAGUUCCUCAGCUGAAAACCACUACGAUGGAGACGGCACCCAGCCAGCACUUAACCAACCAGAACCCAUUGCUGCAGACUCUGACUGUGUGCAAUAACACUACUGGAGUGGAGAACCAGAACAGGCCUGAGAUGAACACUCAGUGUUUCCUGAGACGCUCCCCAGAUAACAGGGUCUCACCACGGGCUUCACCCAACCACCACAUCUCCAACGGACCCCUCAAUAAGUCUCCCUCUCCUCAGCCCACCUUCAUCCUUCAGCCCACCUCCAUUGUUGCUCAGCCUCCCAAGACAAGAGAGCCUCCCCGCUACGAGGAGGCCAUCAAACAGAGCCGCAACAUGCACGUCAACAGUGUUUCACAGGUUCCCACGGCAACCAGCCAGCAGAUGGAUGACUUGUUCGACAUUCUCAUAGAGAGUGGAGAAAUCACUCCCUUCAUCCAGCAGGACUCUCCCGUGUCUCUCACUAAGACCAUCCCGGUCACAGCAAACAUCUCCACCCUGCCAGUCAACACCGCCCUCUCCAGGCCACCUCCACAGGUCCAGGUGGCUCCCCCGGCCACCCUGAGCCCGGCCGUCGGCCCCAGCCUGCCCAGCCUCUCCUCCCUCGCCACAGACAAUCAGCUCGAGGCCUUCCUGGAGGGCACGCUGGCCGAAACAGCGCCAGCAUCAGACCCACGCACACGGGGCCUGAUGGAGGAGCUGCAGGCCCAGCUGAUGGAGCAGCAGCCCUACUCACCCAUGGACACAUCUGAGCUGUCCUUCUGUGAUUCUUCCUCACCUUCCUCCCUCAACAUGGGCCUGUCUGACCCAGGCCUGGACAAUAUGGAGUGGCUGGACCUCACCAUGCCGCCAGGUCCGGCUGGGGCGCUCACGCCACUGGGGAUCCCGACGGACUUCCUGGAUACACAGGACCUGCAGCUUCACUGGGAUUGACGGACGGAUGGGUGGAUGACAGAAAAAGAAAGCGUGGGGAGGUGGCAGAGCAGAUGAGCCAGGAGUGGAUGGAUGAAAAGAAGAAGACUGACCACCACAGAGAGGUUGAGUUUAAAAUAUGAAUGAGCACCAUACCACUCUUACAGUACAUCCAUACCAUCUGUAAUAUUCCCACUAUUCUACAGUAAGAGAUGCUGUACAGGCAGUGCACUGAUUCAAGUUGAACUACAAGCAGGAGUUUGCACAGCUUUAAAAAGGCUGGCUGAUCAGCCACAAAAACGUCAUCACUAAGGUGAUCGUGGUCACCCGUCGCAUUAGUGAUAAGGGAUUUUAAACAGAAUUUUACAGUGUCUGAUGUCACGAUUUUUAAUGAACAAAGACGAGGAGACAGAGCCAAAUGAAUUCUGGUAGCAUGGACUGUUUGUAAAUACUCUUUAAACCACACUAAAACAGCGUCUCAGACAGCGUCUACACAGUAUUGACGGUUGAUAUCACCCGUUUAUUCCUACUGGAGGUUUGGCUGGUCGGCUUUCAGUGUGAACACUGCGCCUCAACAAAACAUUUAAGAGAAGGCCUUUGUUCCGCCGAAGCAUACUGUGCCAUAGGAGGUUAUAAAAGCUGGUUGUUAGAGCACAAUAAACAUGUCGCUCUAAAUGACAGGUCGCUUACUACAGAUGAAAUCUAGCCGUAAUAAAGAAAUGAAAGGAGCUCUUAAUAAAAAUCCACACAAUGCUAGUGCGUCAUGUCAGUGCAGCCUCCGCUACUGACCACUCCACCUGGAAAAGCUUAGAACAAACCAGUCUGAGUCUGACGUGCUGGACAGUUGUAUCUGUUUGUCCCCUAUAUAAUUGAAGCCAGACGCACUCAGUCAGUCACUGAGCUAAAGGGAUUCCUAACUGAGAGCCUCACACCGGUCCAGUCAACCACAUACUGUACAUUACGCAUUUGCUGACUAAUCUGAUACGUCCUAUCAGAUGUGACUGUUUCUCUCUGAUCUAACACGACCCCCGCGGUCAAGCUGACGAACCAAUGACUCUAAAGAACAAAGACUCCAGUCGAACAACGACCUGCGUGAGAGCUAUGCACAUAAGAGGCGGAGAGAUCCGACGCUGCGCCUCCUUCACCUCAGAACAAAGGAAAUGUGAACUUUGCAUAUCCAAGGUGAUUGUCAACGGGAAGUGAUCGAUAUGAUUGGGAUCAUGUGGCCAAUCGCUCCAGAGAUACUGCAGUUGUUGUCCAAGUAUCUUGUUUUGAAUGUAACUUUGAAAAAUGGGACUUCACUCACAAAGUUGGCAGCUUUUUUUUUUUUCUUCUUCUGAUCGUAAACUGAGAUCAAACAGUGGAAAGGGAACAAACAUCAGUUUAUGAGACGUGCAGAUGCACAGUAGAAGAGGUGUGAGCUGCACGUCCUAUCAAGGAAUUAAGAUGUCUGAGCUUUAUAUUUAGCUGUCCUAGAGUAUCCCUGCACUUUGUCUACGUGUGUUUGUGUGUCUAUAUGUGUGUGUCAAGGUGGGAAAUUACUGCAACACUAGCCAGUAAACAUGGAAGUUGCCUGUAGCUGAUGAAUUCUUCUUUCACAGCCUGUUUAUCAAGUGACCAACCAUCAUUUGGAGGAAUCAGAAUAUUCUAAAGUAAUAUUUGGCUGGUUAAAGAGUCUAACUCAGCUACUGCAGACAAAGUUAGUUUCCUCACCAAGUGUGUGUGUGUGUGUGUGAGAGGGAGAAGCAAGAAAGUAUGUGUGUCUGUCUGGAUUUGUCUUCCCGUCUUCUGCAUGUCCACCUGUGUCUCUGUGUGCAUGAUUGUUUAAUCUCUGGGCGGCUUCGAGCUCCUUCUCAGCCGUCGCCCCCAAGUUGUCUGAAGAAAUUUGCAAAUAUCUAUGAAAUCAAAUCAUUCGCUAUCCAGUCAACAUAUUCCGAACUCUUCAAAAGGCUUCUGAUGACUGUUUACUGUUUUUAUCCGUGUCGUUCAGUUGGUGUCCUACAGUCAAAUAAACGCACAGACACCUUCGAGGUGUGAUCCGCAGUGAAGAGGGCUUAGCUACUUUUUAAAGCCUCACAAAAUCUAGAUGUUUAUUUUUACCGGAUUGCAUCAAAUCCCCCGCGCUGUUUCUUUGAAAUCUAAAUAUUGGGUAACUGAUUUAGCGUCACCUUUUGGGAUAUUUUUUUGGGGUUGAUGCAGUCUUACUGUACGGCACUUUGAAAUAAGAUUGCUUUUUUUAAACCAUCUUUUUUUAGUUACUUUACAUUCACAGUUCAUUUUAACCACUUAAAUCUGUCAUUACGUCCAUGGGCUUUAGAGGGCACUGCCUCUCUUCUGUUGGGGCUCAUUUCCACUUCCAACUGUGGGCACUUCAGGGUCAUUUCCAGCAGGAAACACAUUUUAAUUUUCAAUUUUUCUUGCUUUUUAAAUCUGUAUUUUCUGCCUGUGUGAUGCUGAUUUGCUGUUCACCAGCAAUAAUUUGGUGGCCUGAACAAACUGACUGAGAGCCCUUUACGUCAACACUGUCUUGUCAGAGUGGUGCUCUUACUGCUGCAGUUACACAUUGUAUCAUCAGAUCAGGCCAAAUCCUAACCAUCUGAACACCUGAAAGAGUCUAGCCAAAUACUGCACAAACCUGCCCCUGGGCUUUGUCGUAUUUCAGUUACUUUCCUACAAACUUGUGUUAAACCACCUGUUCAGAGAUGACCUCAUCGUCUUGGUCCCUUGUGAUACCUGCUUGCAGGUGUAGUUGUAUUUCCUCUUUUUACCGCAUUGCUGGGAGUGUUAGAUCUUACAUAGGAUGAAGAGUAAGAAUCACUAGCUGAUUCAUGUGUAUCCUAGAAGACAUGACAAGUUGAUGGUGUUUUUAUUUCCUUCAGUGUGUCAGCUUUAAGGCUGUCACAUUUGAUAUUUUGUUGCCAAAUAGGCAGUGGAACAUAUUCUCACAUUUUGUUAAUUUUCUCACGUUUUUUUGUAUUUAUCACUUCUUUUCUUUUUUUAGGGUGAAGAUGAAAAGAAAAAAAAACAUUUAAUCUUGUUUUAUGUAAAAUCUGUAAAAGAGGAUUUCAUGUGUAUAUUUUCGGUUUGCAGAGUUGUUUUUUCCAUUUUAUUUUUCAUAUCAGACAUACACAAACCUCUUGGCUUCACGUGUAUGUGAUUUACGCUCAAUGUGACACCACUCAGCGUUGGCAGUCGCAGUUGCUGACUGGCCAGACAGGGACAGCUAAAAGCAAUAAAGGCUGCUCUCCCUUGAUAUACUGUACUGUAUGUCAGAUCCUGCCUUGAUUUUAUUAAUGUAAGAACCUUUACUACAGAGUAAUACAGUUUAUAAGUUCAAAGGCACUUAAUAUCUGAGUGGUUUGUUUGAAUAACCCUCUUAAUGUAGAGAUAUGUGGAGGCACCAUCAGUCUGAAGAACCCCUAAAGGUUCCUGUCAGCUUCUUUACUUCCAUAGUUGGGGUUAACAGGUGUAUCGACUUCUGCUUGUCCUCAUUCACCCGCACAUUUAUCAUCAUGUUAGCAUUGUACAUUAUUGCGAUGGAGAAGCUGAACUUAAGAAAGACAAGACAAGACAUUUCAUUCAAAUCAGUGUAUUUUGGGGACAUUUACAUCCGUCAUCGUAGCCGAGUGUCCUCUCUGUCUCCACCACCCAUGCCAUGCCUCUUGUUGUUUGUAUGCCAUAUGUUUUGCACAUUGUGUACAUAUUUAUAUAGAUGUAAUGCAUAUUUUUCUACAUGUGUAACAUCCAUGGGUUCUCUAUUUUGUAAAUACUCAAAAAGAUGUAUAUAAGUACUGUAUGCCUUUAUGUGUCAAUAAAAUUUGGUGUACUGUGAA